GGUCUCUCUCCAUUUGUCCCCUUCUUCUCCUCUCCGUAGAAAAAUAUGUUUCUCUGCUCGAAGAAAACAGUACGAGAGACGCAGAGCCACCAAAAGAAUGCAAUCAUUCCCAAUCCCCACAAACGCCCUGCAGGAUUCUCCGGCAAUCAUUUCCCAGUCUCUCCUUAACUCAAUGCCGCGGCAGCAGCAGCAGCAGCGGCAGCUCAAUCGUCACGCUUUACGACUAUUACUACUACCACUACUACUACUGUUACUCUCUUCUUCCGUAGAUGGCGCCUCGUCUUCCGAGAUCGACGGCGACGCGCGGGCGCUCCUCGCGUUGAAGGCCGCGGUCGACCCCGGCGGCCGCCUCCCCUUCUCGCGCGCUUCCGACCACUGUCGCUGGCCCGGCGUCUCCUGCUCCCCAGACGGCCGCGUCGACCGCCUUCUCCUCUCCUCCUACGGCCUCGACGGCGUCAUUGCCAACGGCACCCUCGGCCGCCUCGACCAGCUGCGCGUCCUCCGCCUCGAGAAUAAUUCCCUCGCCGGCCCCCUUCCUGCUGACCUCUCCCUCCUCCUCGGCCUCCGCGGUCUCUACCUCGGCCGCAACCUCUUCACCGGCCCCUUCCCCGCUUCCCUCCUCUCCCUCCGCGGCAUACUGGCGCUCGACCUCUCCCACAACCGCCUCGCCGGCCCCCUUUCCCCGGGGCUCGCCUCGCUCGACGGCCUCGUCACCCUCCGCCUCGAGGCCAACCGGUUCAACGGCUCGCUCCCCGCCUUCAACCAGUCGUCCCUCAAGAACUUCAACGUCUCCGACAACGACCUCUCCGGCGCGGUCCCCGCCACCGUCGUGCUCGCGUCCUUCGAUUCCUCGGUCUUCGCCGACAACCCCGGUCUCUGCGGUGCGCUCGUCCGGAGGGAAUGCUCCUCGUCCACCUUCUUCCCCUCGGGAGGCAGCUCGCCGACUGGCCCCUGGCCCACCGUCCCAGCAGGACCAAAUAGGGGAACGCUGCUUCCCGUCUCGCCUUCACGGUCACGGGUCUCCCACAAGAAGGAUGUGGCGGCAAUUGGGUCCUUGAUAGGCGCAAUUGCACUAAUUGGGAUCUUUGCUGCUUCACUGGUCCUGAUAAGGAAGAAGAGAAAGAAGCAGCAGAGGAAGACGCACACGCCGGAGAAGAACGCGGUGGCGAACAGCGUCCACAACAUCUCCGAGAUUAACAUCGGGAGCUACAACGAGGACACCGAGAGCACAAGCAACGAGCUGGAGGCGGCGGCGGACCCGGCAAUGGCGAUAUCGGAGGAGAGGGUGAAGAGGCUGGGGAAGAACGGAUGCUUGGUGUUCUGCACCGACGAGGAGCCGGUCUACAACUUGGAGCAGCUGAUGAGAGCUUCGGCCGAAAUGCUGGGGAGAGGGAGCCUCGGGCCGACGUACAAGGCUGUGCUGGGUAGUAGAUUGGCUGUCACCGUGAAGAGGCUGGAUAAGACGAAGCUGGGGGCAGUGGCGCAAGAGGGGUUCGAGCAGCACAUGGACACAGUGGGGAGGCUGCGGCACCAUAAUUUGGUACCUUUACGGGCCUAUUUCCGAGCAAACGAACAGAGGCUGCUUGUGUAUGAUUACCAUCCGAAUGGUAGCCUUCACUCCCUUAUACAUGGUUCAAGAUCCAUGCGGACUAAGCCACUUCACUGGACCUCGUGUUUGAAGAUAGCAGAUGACGUGGUGCAAGGCCUUGCAUACAUACAUCAAACUUCUCGAUUAGCCCAUGGCAACAUAAAGUCUUCCAAUGUUCUUCUUGGCUCUGAUUUUGAGGCUUGCCUGACCGACAACUGUCUCGCAUUUCUUCUGGAACCAUUGGAGAAUCAGCAUGAUAUAGGAUGCAGAUCACCUGAGACACAGAAUCCUUACCAACAGCUGACCCCAAGUUCUGACAUCUAUGCUUUUGGAGUGUUGCUAUUGGAGCUCCUCACAGGGAAGCCUCCAUCACAGCAUCCAGAUCUUAUGGCAUCCGAACUCCCAGUUUGGGUUCGAUCAUCAAGGGAAGAUGGAGCCAACAACGAAAGCCUUACAAUGAUCAUUGAUAUUGCAGUUGCCUGCAUCCGUCCACCAGAAAGUAGGCCAACCACAUGGCAGAUUCUGAAGAUGAUUCAGGAAGUGAAGGAAGCUGACACAAUAGACAAUGAUGAUGAUUCAGUGUUCAUAUCUUAGGUCUGGUUUAGCUCCCUGUCACCUGGGGACCUUAAUUGAGGAUCUUCAUUACCACCAAAAGUUGGAAACUACCAGCUAUUGGUGCCAUUGAAAGGAACUUCAGCCCUCAUUUUACGAAGAUAUGCUAGAGGUUGAUCAUUAUUUGCUUAGGACUCUGCUUCCAUGUUGGAGGUAAACAGUUUUGAAUCUGGUUGUUGGUCUCUGUGGGGAGACAGCCUGAGUGAAGUGACCCAUAAAUCAUGGGAUUACAAUCUAAUUUUUAAUAUGAAUACAAACUACUAUUUCAACCUAAUAAAGAUUGAACUGAGGUUCCACAUUAUGUUA